AUGGAGCAGGCUAGUGAGAUGGGGGAGAUUGGACGAGAAGCUCGCCAUGAAGGUGGAAAAGACGAGGAAUUUCGGGUUCAGCCAAAAUGGAGGAAGUUCUUGGCCCAUGUUGGACCUGGAGCUCUUGUGGCCAUUGGCUUCCUGGAUCCUAGCAACUUGGAAACUGACAUGCAAGCUGGGGCCGACUACAAGUACCAGCUUCUCUGGGUGAUUUUAGUUGGAAUGGUCUUUGCACUUUUGAUCCAAACACUAGCUGCCAACCUUGGAGUGAAGACAGGGAAGCAUCUUGCUGAACUCUGCAGGGAAGAGUACCCGCGUUUCGUCAACAUUUGCUUGUGGAUUAUCGCGGAGCUGGCAGUGAUAUCUGAUGACAUCCCUGAAGUGCUGGGCACAGCCUUUGCAUUCAACAUACUGCUCAAGAUCCCAGUGUGGGCUGGAGUCAUCCUCACGGUGUUCAGCACGCUCUUGCUUCUUGGAGUGCAGAGAUUUGGGGCCCGCAAACUGGAGUUCAUCAUAGCGGCUUUCAUGUUCACCAUGGCGGCCUGCUUCUUCGGGGAGCUGAGCUACCUGAGGCCGUCCGCGGGAGAGGUUGUCAAGGGCAUGUUCGUCCCCAGGCUCCAAGGGAAAGGCGCCGCGGCCAACGCGAUCGCGCUCUUCGGCGCCAUCAUCACGCCGUACAACUUGUUCCUGCACUCGGCUCUUGUGCUCUCGAGAAAGACCCCACGAUCAGUGAAAAGCAUCAGGGCUGCCUGCAGGUACUUCCUCAUCGAGUGCAGCCUCGCGUUCGUGGUGGCGUUUCUCAUCAACGUCGCGGUGGUCGUCGUCGCCGGAUCCAUCUGCAACGCAGGCAACCUCUCCCCGGACGAUGCGAACACGUGCAGCGACCUCACCCUGCAGUCCACCCCUCUAUUGCUCAGGAAUGUUUUGGGGAGAUCAAGCUCCGUCGUGUACGCUGUUGCGCUGCUGGCUUCCGGGCAGAGCACCACCAUUAGCUGCACAUUUGCUGGGCAGGUUAUCAUGCAGGGGUUCCUGGACAUGAGGAUGAAGAACUGGGUGCGGAAUCUGAUCACGCGAGUCAUCGCCAUCGCUCCCAGCCUCAUCGUCUCCGUCGUCAGCGGGCCGUCAGGCGCCGGCAAGCUCAUCAUCUUCUCAUCGAUGGUGCUGUCGUUUGAGCUGCCAUUCGCCCUCAUCCCGCUCCUCAAGUUCUGCAACAGCAGCAAGAAAGUCGGGCCCCUCAAGGAAUCCAUCUACACGGUGGUGAUCGCGUGGAUGCUGAGCUUCGCGCUCAUCGUGGUGAACACCUACUUCCUGGUGUGGACGUACGUGGACUGGCUGGUGCACAACCACCUCCCCAAGUACGCCAACGCGCUCGUCUCCAUCGUCGUCUUCGCGCUCAUGGCCGCCUACCUCGUCUUCGUCGUCUACCUCACGUUCAGGAGGGACGCGGUGGCCACGUACGUGCCGGUGUCGGAGCGCGCGCAGGCGCAGGCGGAGGACGGCACCGGGGCGCAGGCGGUGGCGGCCGCCGCCGCCGCCGACCAUCCGGCGCCGUUCAGGAAGGACCUGGCUGAUGCCUCCAUGUAG